GAAUAGAAAAUAUGAACGACUUAAUACAAGCUAUAUAUUUACUAUAUUCUUACAAUCCUGAACAAUAUAUUCACCAAAUUCGAUUUCUUAAUAAAGAAGUCGAAAUAAUAUAUAUAAAUGAUACAAAAACAUGUUGCUUUUUUCAAGAAAUUGGAAAUAUUAAUAAUUUUUAUAAAAAAUUAGCAUCUCAAUUAGAUUCAAUUAUUAAUAUUAAUAAUAUUAAUAAAACUUCAAAUGAAAAUAAUGAAAUUUUAAAUGUUAAUCAGUUCUCUAUACCUGCUUUUCUUCAAGAAGUAUCCCAAAAUAUUAUAAACCAAUAUGUCAUUUUAGCAUCUAUUAUACAGAAUACUAAAUUUGACAAAAUUGAAAUUAAUCCAACAAAAAAAAUUGCAACACUUAAAAACAAUCAGGAUGAAAUUAUAUUUAAGCCAAUUAACUCUGUAGAAAUUUGGAAGUCAAGUAUAAACAUUAAAUUCUCUAAAUUAGAAAGAGUUAGUAGAAAGCAAUUUAACCAAGAUCCUUAUCUAAUUCUUGGCUAUUUUGCUAAUUUUCAACUCACUAAAAAAAAGAAUAUAUUAACUGAUAAUAAAUUAAAAGUUUCAAAUCAAUAUCAUGAACUAUUGGCUUUUGAAGAAGAACUAUCUGUUAUUGCACCAUUUUAUGAUAAAAAUUCUACUAUUAAAAAAGAUGAUUAUUAUAAAAGUCUUCUUAAAUAUCUAAAAGAACUUUCUAUAUUUUGUAAAACUUCAAUAGUUCAAUUUGAUCCUACUCAGAUUAAUAGUGGAUUAGCUUUAGAAUAUGAAAAUCUUAGAUUAUCAAAUUCUGAUAAUAGUUUAAAUUUGCAAGAUCAGAUUAUGCUUUUAAGAUGUAUACCACAAGUAUCUCAGGAUCUUAGGUAUGGAAGUAUUAAGGAAAAUAUUGAACAAAAAAAUGAGAAAUUGGAGAAUGAUGAAUUGGAAGAAAAUGAAUCAGAGAAGAAUGGAUCAGAGGAGAAUGAAUUAAAAAAGAAUGAAUCAGAAGAGAAUAAAUUGGAAGGAAAUGAAUCAGAGGAGAAUGAAUCAGAGGAAGAUGAAUUGGAAGAGAAUGAAUUAGAGAAGAAUGAAUUAGAGAAGGAUGAAUCAGAGGAGAAUGAAUUGGAGGAGGAUGAAUUGAAGGAAGAUGAAUCAGAAGAGGAUGAAUUGAAGAAGAAUAAAUUAGAAA